GAAGGAUUGUUUAGUUUCACAUGUGCUGUAACGGGGCUUUAAAACGAAAGCAAGACGAACAAAGCAAACAGAUUUCUUUCGCGUCUUUUUACUGGGCAAAUAUACACCUUUAAGCGGAGAUGCUUUUGUGUGUGACUCUGCCGAUUCUCUUCAACGUUAUGGAAUCUAAAGCAGAGCUAUUACAGGUGGUUGGUUCCGAAGCUCCUCUUGUUGCUGUAGCUGGUGAAGACUUGGUUCUGCCUUGUUUUAUCAAAGCCAAAACCAGUGCUGUGGACAUGACAGUGGAGUGGUAUAAACUAGACAAAGAAAGCUCUUUGGUGCAUCUCUAUAAGGAUCAUGACGACGCUAAUGAAAAUCAGGCUCAGACGUACAGAGGAAGAACUUCAGUUUUUAAAGAGGAGCUACAGAAGGGCAACACUUCACUCAAACUCUCAGUUCUCAGAGUCUCUGAUGAAGGAGAUUACAGGUGUCUUGUUGAGAAUAAAUCCAUGUCCAGUGAGACCACUGUUCAUGUCAUUGUUGAGGUUCAGGGAAGCCAGCCAGUGAUUACAAUGGAGAGUUAUGAUAACUCGGGAGGGAUUAAUCUAGUGUGUGAGUCCAGAGGCUGGAAACCUGAACCUGAGGUUCUGUGGCUGGACAGAGAAGGAGACACUCUGCCUGCUGAAGACACACAGAUACACAGAGAUGCUGAGGGAUUCAGUGUGAAACGCCGCAUCACUGUUUAUGAUUAUAGCAACUCCAACAGAUUCUACUGCAGACUUAUGCAAAAACAUCACAUGAUGGAGACAACGGUUGUUAUUAAUAGUCCAUUCUUUUCUUCUGGGAAGUGGAUUGUGGGCAUUUUAGUUUCAUCAUGUCUUAUUGCUGCUGGAUUGAUAUUAAUCUCAGUUGUACUUUGCAACAAAGAUAUUCAUCGGGUGAAACAAAAUGCAGAUCAGCAGAGGCAGAGGGAGAAACAUGAGUUCAUGAAGAGGAGAAAGAAGUUUGCAGAGGUUGUGAUUAUGGAUCCUGAUACAGCUAAUGCUAAACUCAUCCUGUCUGACGAUGGAAAACAGGUGAUACUUGAAGACACACAACAGAAUGUUCCUGAUUCACCCCUCAGAUUUGAUUAUCCCUCUGUUCUGGGCAAGCAGAGUUUCAGAUCAGGGAGAUUUUAUUAUGAGGUGCAAGUAGGAAAUAAAACUGAAUGGACAUUGGGAGUUGUGAAAGAGAACAUUGAUAGAAAAAAUUGGCGUGAUCGGAAUCCAGAAAGUGGAUUCUGGACAAUAACACUAAGGAAUGUAAUUGGAUAUAGGGCUAAUGCUGAUCCCCCUGUCUGCCUCACACUGAGAGAGAAGUUGGAAAAGGUGGGGGUGUUUGUGGAUUAUGAGGAGGGUCUGGUCUGUUUUUAUAAUGUGAACUUCAAAUCUCAUAUUUACUCUUUUACUGAACAGACUUUCACUGAGAAACUCUAUCCAUACUUCAGUCCUAGGUUCAAUGAAGGAGGUCAGAAUAAAGAGCCAAUGAUCAUCACUGAUGUUACUGAAUAAAUAUACAGUUUACAUUCUAGUGUUGUAAUGUGCUUUAUAUCCUAUUUUAGCAGAUUAAAGCCAUUACAAGAUUUCUCGAAUUUAUAGAAGGACAAAUAUUAGUCCAGUUACUAUACUGUAUUAUUUACUUUGUAUGCUGUUUAUCUGAUUUUCCCAGAAAUUCAGUGACACUUGCAUCUUGGUAUGGGCAACAUAAAAGCUAUUUCACCGAAAUUGCUUUAAUUCUUAUUGAGCAUUAAGAACAUAUUCCUUACCACAAAAAAUCACAUUGCAUCGCAUUGUAACUCAAUCAAAAAUAUUACUAGUGCAUGUAAGCAAAGGUGUGUCUUGCCAAAGACCCUACACAAUAUGGAGGAUAUUUUUUAUGAAUGUAUUUAUUGUUUUAUCAAAUGUUUUCUGACCAUAUUAACUUUUUAAAGCAUGAAAAUGCUCAUAAGGGAAGUAAUUAAUUAAAUGUCUCUGAAUUCUGC